UUCAGGGCCUUGGACUUGUUUUAACCUGUGCAUUUUGGUUUGGAACUGAGCAACAAAUUAUCUAUCCAGUUGUACACACGUGCAAUGAAUUUGCUGCAGGAAACGUUUUGUCAUCCUUAUUUAAAGCUGCGCUCACAGUCACCACCAUAAAAUUCAUGGACUACAAAGGAAACUCUCAUAAUCACAAUGUCACCAAUGGUGAAGGCAACAACAUCUUCAACAAUCUUCCACCGGUUUUGGCGGGACAAUCCGGCGAAGGCUUACCUUAUGCGCCAGAAAAUUUUCCAAAUCCCGGUGACAUAUGGCGGUGGAAAGCUGGUAAGAGGAUUUCAAAUAAUGGUAACUAUCGCGACCGUUAUUUGUAUCUUCCUUGUCAUCUUUCCGCCCCUGCAAAUCGGACCUCUUACCGGGGCGGAUUCACUAGCAAGCUAGCGGUUGAACGCUACAUUAAAGAAAAAUUCCCUCAUAUUAAUAUUCCUGAAUUCUUUUCUUCAUUCAGUUGGACAAUUCCUUCUGGUCUUCCAGCUGAUGAUUUGUUUCUAUGGAUGGGAUUUGAAGCACGGAAAGAAACCGUAAUCCCCUCUGACAUUGGUGGAUGCAAAGCUGGGAAUAAGAAUUGCAGCAGCUUGAUUUUGGAAAGAGAAUGUCCACCUGUCAUGCCGUGUGAAUUCUGUUGUGCUGAGUCUAAGUUUUGUCGCGAAUGUUGCUGCAUUCUUUGUAAGAAAGUCAUUGAUUCAGCUCAUGGUGGCUAUAGCUUUAUCCUGUGUGAAGAAAAACAUGGCGAUAAUAUUUGUGGGCAUCUCUGUCAUCUAGAAUGUGCAUUUCGAACUUACAAGGCUGGCGCAUUGGGGGGAGUUUUUGAUUUGGAUGCUGAGUAUUUUUGUUGGCGCUGUAAUGCGAAGACUGAAUUGAUUUCUCAUGUGAAUAAGCUUCUACUGGUGUGCGAAGCUAUUGAUUCAGAUGAUGAUGUCAGGGAAAAAAUGUUAAAUCUUGGCAUUAAUCUCUUACGCGGUUCAGAAAAAGUGGCUGCAAAGGAGCUUAUGAGUCGAAUUGCAUUGGCCAUGUCUAAGCUCAAACCUGGGACUAAUACUGAAGAUAUCUUGAAUGUUGCUGAUGAAGUUAGAGCUCAUUUUUAAGGUUGCUGUAAUAAUGGCAAGGCUGCUAUAGAAGAUGAAAGCACUUUAAACCAUUCAAAUGUUGGAAAUGAGACAAAACUUUUCGGUGUCAAUCUGAGAUAUUAAAACUUGAGUCUGAUAUUGAUCGGUCUAAGGAUAUUAGAAAGUCGCAGAAGCAGCAAUAUCAGUUGGCAGAAGAAAAGCUUAGGGCACAUGUGAAAUAUUUACAAAAUCUAUCGCAGCAACUGAACAAAGAGAAGUCUCAAUUAGCAAGUCAGCCGAACACAUGUCGUUCAAGUGAAUUGUUUCAAACUGUCGAGAAACGAAAGGAAGAGCUAAAGCAGGGAAUGAUUAAAUUCCAAGAAAUGAAGGAGAUUGCAAAUGGUUUUGCACUUUUGCCAGCACAUCCAAAACUAUUUUAGAGAAACACUUUGGCUUAUAAAUUUCAUACUAAAGUGAAUUAGUUAUAAAUUGCAUACUAAGGUGAUAUAUUGGCCAAGACAUAUAUAUGUGGUGUUGAAUAUAUUGCCUAUGGCAAAAGUUUUACUGCCAAAGACUUGUUCUUAGACACAGAUAAGUAGGAGCUAAAUCCUACAAAAACAGCCUGAAUUCUUUUUUUGUUUGUUUGGUUUCUAAAUAGCCUGAAUAAUAUUAUGGCCCAGAUGGAUGUAAUUUUCUGGCAUGAAAAAUGAAUCCUUAGUUUAAUUUAUCUCUAUUGAUACAGAUGCUUUCACCUCGCCACAAUUCGCUUUGACCUUGAAACUCCCUGAUUUGGCUCGCUUGACCUCGCUUUGACUCCGCUUAGCG